UUUAUUACAGACUGUAACAGGUUGACAUGUCUUGUAUUCACUGGUGAACAUAUCCAGGAAGUAAGAUAGCUAGGGAAUACUGUUUUAGUCAACAGGAAGUAUUAGGCAGGUUAGAUAACAUUGCCGGAAUUGUAACACCAGUCUGAUAGUUAUAGUGUUUUAUGUUUAUACCUUGGCUGUAUGUAUAUACGUAGCUGACCGGUCCAGAUGAAGUCCUGCUAAACAACAAUAAUGAAUGGGCGCAUAUUAUUAGACAAGAUGCCGUUUGGCAAAAAGACAAAGAAGUCGACCUCGACAGAGGCGCCAAUGAUGCAGAUUUCCGCACCGACUAAGGUGACGCACAAUUUCCACGUCGGUUUUGACAAAGUCAGUGGCAAGUUUGAGGGCCUGCCUCCUCAAUGGACAGCCUUGCUACAAACAUCAGAAAUCACGUCAGAGGAACAGCAACAAAAUCCAGAGGCUGUCAUCAACUCCCUGCGACUAUUUACAAAGUCUUUCAAACAUAAACCCAAUGGUCACCAAAAAUAUUUAAAAGUAGCAACAACCAUAGACGAAUCUGAUGAUGAUUUAGAUAGUGAGGACGAAUCAUCACGGCGAUCAAGCAAGCGGGAUUCAGACGAUCCCCCAACACCUCAUCUAGACAACGGAGGUGACUCCCCAUCAGAUGUCUUUGUCAAGGUGCCCGAUAAUAAGGAUCUUAAACAGGCUUCUCCUUCACAAAAUGCCCAUUCACCCUCAUCAGAGAAGGUAGCUACAAAGGAAACAGGCCAGUCACACACAAAGAAUGAUGAAGUAGAUUCUGUGGACAGGGUCAUUGAGGCAUGUGCCAAGGUCAAAGUGAAUGAGGAAACCCCAGAGGAAGAAGAGGCACCUGUUCGUCGACAUAAAACACAAAAGAAAAAUCUCUCUGAUACAGAAAUCAACUGUGCCCUCGCAAAACUUGCUUCCUUUGGGGAUGCUGCAGAGAAAUAUAUAACCCAAAAGAAACUUGGAUCAGGGGCUUCAGGAACAGUAUGUAUGGCCAAACCUUGUGAUCCAUCAAAGGAAAAUGAUAUCGUAGCCAUCAAGAUUAUGGAUCUCAACAACCAGCCCAAGAAGGAGCUUCUGAUCACAGAAAUAGAAGUGAUGAAAACAUACAAGCAUCAAAAUAUUGUCAACUUCCUGGACUGUUACUAUCUUGAUGCAAAACAGGAGUUAUGGGUGGUCAUGGAGUAUCUAGAUGGUGGGGCUUUAACAGAUGUUGUCACAGAAACGGUGAUGAAUGAGGGACAGAUUGCUGCUGUGACACGCGAAUGUCUACAAGCUCUAGACUUUCUUCAUAGUAGAAGUAUUAUCCACCGAGACAUCAAAAGUGAUAAUGUGUUGCUUGGCAUGGACGGAACAGUCAAGUUAACAGACUUUGGUUUCUGUGCUCAAUUAAGUGGAGACAACUGCAAACGACAGACCAUGGUUGGUACACCGUACUGGAUGGCCCCCGAAGUCGUGUCCAGAAAACACUACGACAAGAAGGUGGACAUCUGGAGUAUGGGAAUUAUGGUAAUUGAGAUGUUGGAAGGCGAACCUCCAUACUUGAAUGAAACCCCACUGAAAGCAAUCUACCAUAUUGCAGCCAAGGGUAAACCUGAGAUAAAAGACUUUGGUAAACUGUCCGAUGAGCUACAGAACUUUCUCAACAUGGCCUUGCAAGUGUCAGUUGAAGAACGAGCAGACACCUCCACACUCCUGAAACAUGGGUUCCUCUUAAAGGCUAAGCCUCUUUUUUCAAUGAAAGCCCUGAUAGUUGCUGCUAAAAAGGCAACUGGCCACUGAGUAAUUAGCAUGCAUGGUAAAACAAUUGUCUUAUCAUCAGUUUUAUGCAUGGCCUGAUCAUUUCCUUAUCGUCAAUGAGAACAUGAGUUCUCUCCUGGUAGGAACAAUUGAAACAAGAAUGCUAUAGUUAACAGUACCAUAUAUCAGUUAUAUAAUGGUCCUGAAUGUAUAAUAUACAUAUAUAAAAAGAUAGAUACAGUAACAGAGCUAGGAACAUUCUUAAUGUGGCAUUGUAUAGCACAAUAUUAAUAUCAAUAUCUAUAUUGAUAAACAUGUAGGGUGAUAAAAUUUAAGUUUUAGGUUUGUAAUUUACCAGUAAAUAUUAAAGUUUGGUUUUAUAAUAAUAAUAAAAUUUACAACCAUUCUGAAACAAGUUAUUUCAGCUUAUACUAAUCACGAUUGUUUGCCUGGCUAAAAGCAUGCAAGGAGUGUAACUGUGGGAGGAGUACCCACCUGAGAAAGCCCAUGUAUUGGAGCAGGUGAUGCCAUGACAUAUUUUACUAGGGAACCUGUCACCUUUGUGAAAAGGGCCGCGUUGGCCGAGUGGUUAAGGUGUCCCGACUCUUUAUCACUAGCCCUCCACUUCUGGGUUGCGAGUUUGAAACCCAUGUAGGGCAGUUGCCUGGUACUGACCAUAGGCCAGUUGUUCCUCUGGGUACUCCGGCUUCCUCCACCUCCAAAACCUGACACGUCUUUAGAUGACCCUGGCUGUUAAUAGGACGUUAAGCAAACAAACCAAAUUUUGGUGAAAGCAAGUGUAUAAUCCACAAUUGAAAUAAUAUAAUAUAACAAUUGUUGGAUUGUUUACUAAAAAAUUUAUGGAUUUGAAUAUUUGGAAUAAUCAUCCUUUUAAUGUACAGAUAAUAUCUGGUAUUGAAAAUUGUAUAUUUUUGUUGUAAUUAAAAAUGCUGGACUAUUGAGCGAUGGACUAAGUAUUGUUUCCUGCUUGACUAAUGUUUAUGUUUUAAACAUAUAACAUUGAAACAUAACAAGUUCAAAGCAAUGUGUAGUCUUCAUUAAGGGGAAUAGUUUAGUUGAAAGAGUGAAUUAAGAUAUUUAAAGGUAAAAUCAGCAGCAAUACAAUCUACCCCAAGCUGUUGUGAAUUUACUUCUGUAAUACCUGUAAUCACCUGGUGUGUGAGCUUACCUUGCUAUUGUACAAUCGAAAUGUCACAAAACUAAAUUAUUACUGGGGUGUGAACUUGUGUCUAAUGUAAUAUCACCAACACACUCGAGUACCAACACUGGGGUGUCUCUAAUGUAAUAUCGCUAACACACUCGAGUACAAACACUGGGGUGUCUCUAAUGUAAUAUCACCAACACACUUGAGUACCAACACUGGGGUGUCUCUAAUGUAAUAUCGCUAACACACUCGAGUACAAACACUAAGGUUUCUCUAAUGUAAUAUCACCAACACACUUGAGUACCAACACUGGGGUGUCUCUAAUGUAAUAUCGCUAACACACUCGAGUACAAACACUGGGGUGUCUCUAAUGUAAUAUCACCAACACACUUGAGUACCAACACUGGGGUGUCUCUAAUGUAAUAUCGCUAACACACUCGAGUACAAACACUAAGGUUUCUCUAAUGUAAUAUCACUAACACACUCGAGUACAAACACUAAGGUUUCUCUAAUGUAAUAUCACUAACACACUCGAGUACAAACACUAAGGUUUCUCUAAUGUAAUAUCACUAACACACUCGAGUACCAACACUGGGGUGUCUCUAAUGUAAUAUCACUAACACACUCGAGUACCAACACUGGGGUGUCUCAAAUGUAAUAUCUUCAACACUCGAGUGUGAGCUUUAUUAAGCAUUUGUUGUAUUUUUAUAUUCAAAAGCAGCAGUCUGCCCCAAGCUGAAUAUGAAUUUACUUAUUUGAUGUGUAAUUUCACCAACACUUGAGGCUAAUACAAGAUUUGUUUUAGUUUUGUUGCGAUAAAAUUGGAGGAAUAUUUACUGGGACAAGAGGGAGCAGUUAGUAUAAAAUGCUGGCCAUAUUUCAUUACAUAAUACAUUACUGUAUGUAGAAUAAGCUAGUAUUUUAAUUAAUACUUAUACUUGAUUUCUAUGAAAAAAUUUGAAAAUAUGAUUCAUUGAUAAAUCAUUAACAAUUCUGAGGUGCAUGCAUAGAUAGUAAACAUAUUUGUUGACAUUAAAGUUAUAGUCAUGCUAAAUCUUCAUCCAUGAACAUUUUAAAAUUUUAUGAUUUUACAAAGUUACAGCUGUACAUGAUGUUUCGAUAUAUAGUGUAUUUUAAUGCUAAUGAUGUCCUAUUUCAGUUUAAGCAUGUACAAUUAUGGUUAUAUACAUUCCAUAAAUCAUUUUUGUUUAAUGAUUUGUUUGUAACUGUGAUGAGAUCUUGAAUUUUGUUUUAUUUGAUAGAUUUUGAAUUAUGAUAUUGUUAUAAACAUUAGGUACUAAGGUCAUGACUAUUUAGGGAUAUUCAGCAUAAGUUCGGAUUUCUGAUGAUACUUUUUAUCAGAAUUUCACAAAAGCAUCUACUUAUACAUUCUGGUGGCAACCUCAAUUUACCAUAUCAACAAACAUACAAUAUUCAAUUUGUAGCAUCGAUAGUAAUUAUAUAUACAGGUUUGUGUUUCAUUAGCUCAUCUGGCCUGAAGACCAAAAUGCAAGUGCACUUUUGCUGUGAUGCAGCAUCCAUUCAGCAUUAGUGUUUUUUUUCUUAAAACAACUUCUUCUCAAUAACUGAAAGUCUCAACCCGAUAUAAUUGGCUGGUAGCUAUAUAUAGGUUCCUGGGAUGCAGCCCUGCAGCCACACAAAAAUAGUUUUUUAUUGCUUACGAAAAUACCUUGAAUCAUGAUGUUUGACUAAUUGCUUCCUGGGUUGAAGUCCAGCAUUAUUUGUGACAGGACAUGACCUUGACCCUUACAUUUAAUGUUACAGUUGAACUGAUAAACUGAAAGGCCUUGACUGAUCAUUAGAGGAGUGAAUAAUGGGUGAGCCUAUUGUGCCUCUUGUUAGUCGAUCAGUGUGAAAUAAGUGUAUAUUUUAGAAUUGAUAAAGAGAUAAGCCUAGUUAAUAAAAUUGUGAUCCCAGGAGAAAUUAUAAAUGAAAAGUGUACACAAGUGACAAUCUGUACUUUCAUAUAACCUUUGCAUAAAAUCUUUGAUCCAGUGGCCUUUGGUUCCGGAUUCUCGAAUGUUCUAUAUUUUUAUAUAGGCUCUCUAAUUUUAUAUUGUCCAAAGAUUUCCCUCCAGUUUGGCUUGUCCAAACUGAUUUUAAUGCUGACAAUAGUUUUAAAAGCCAUUAUAUUAUAAAUUAGCAAGAAUUCUGUAAAGGUACACAACAGAUUUUUUUAACUUGUGCAGAAUAUCCCUUUAAUGAGUUACAAAGUUUGUGCUGAAAUUUGGUAUCUUUGAUAGAUUACACAGUAAGAUGAGCCUUGGUAUAUAUUGACAUUCACGACUACAUAUAGAACUACCAUGUUAUAAUCUCCAGGGAUGGGGAUGAUUCUGUCAAAAUGAGGUGAAAUAUCUGUUUUUGUACAUUCAUAGAAAUAUCUUCUCAACAUACAUUGUACCAUAAUUCUGGUACCAUGUAGGAUUAGAAAAGGCACCAAAGGAAAUGGUCUAAUAAGUUCAAAUCAAAGUUGUUGUUUUUUUGUUAAAUAUCAUCAUUUUCUGCCCCUACAUUUACCUCUGGAUAUUGUACAUCAUCAGAUGAUAGCAAUAUUUGGCUUACAAUUUUCCAUUUUUUCAAACUGCAUUUUGGUUUAAGUUCUCAAAUUAAAAUCAAAAACCUUUCAGUUUGUAUAGUACAUUAAUUAAUCAGGACAAGUUUGAUCCAGACCUGUUCACAUUGAAACUAUUUGUUUUUCUUGGUAUUUCUAUGUUUCUAAAAUAAUAUUUUGUGAAUUUACCAGAGAUUUUUAUUAUUGAAGUUUUAGAGGUUUGAAAUUGAUAGCCAUGUCAUAGUUCAGUAUUGAUAACAUAUGUUGACUAAAUUUUUAACCACAAACCUGUGUAGAUUACAAUGUUUUGACGAUACUAUGGUAUGAAACCAAGUUAUAUAGUUUUUAUAUAGGUACAGUAGACCAAGAUUUUGCCAUGGAUUUUUCAACUACAUUUUGAUAAUUUUUACUUGAAAAGCAUAGCUUAUUGUAUCUUGUGUUGAAAACCAAAUACCUAAUGUUAUAUCAGUAUGAUAUACAUUCACUGGUGUUAGUUAAAAUGGGUUUUAAUUAACUACUGAGUCGUAGAUGGGCUACUGAGAUAGCAACUCCUCACAGAAUUAUUUUGAUACCUUGCCGUUAUGACAGCUGUUUUCACUGUUACCAAGUAUAUAUAUAUAUAUAUACACAGGCAAUAUUCUUUCACGUGAAUUUCACACCUGAAUUUCAUUUGAAAUUAUUCAUGUGAAAUUCACUUUUUUGCCCUUUUCAUGUGAAAUUCAUGUGAAAUUUUCACGUGAAGGAAUAUUGCCUGUGUAUGCUAGACCUCAUUGGUGACCUAAGUGUAAUUCAGACUUCUAUGCAAUCAUGUGUGCGAGGACACCGUUAUUGUUGAUUGACUGUGUGAGGACACAUUUGUACAUACCCAGUACAUGUAGUAGCAGUAUGUUAUUUUUACUGCCAUAGCACAGCAUCUGUCCGUCUGUACAUCCGUCAACUUUUCCCUUAAAUUGCUACUAGUCAUUAGCUAUAAUGCACUGAAUGGAUUUUGACCAAAUUGGAAGCAUCCUUUGGGAAGGGGAACAAAUUUUUCAUAAACGAUGACUGCUUUGGGUGAAAUGGAAACAGUUUUGUAGAGUCAGACCCCCGAGGGGCCAGAGGGGAGGGAAUCGAUAGGGCAAACUUUGCAAAUUAUUUUAAAUUCUUCUUUAAGAGUGAAAGGAUUUGAUCUUUAUUUGGUCCAAAGCAUCGUCAAAUUAAGCAUAACCAAUUUUGUGUAAAAGGUUUGUGUCCCAAUAGGGAUAAUAUAGCAAAUUCUGUGAAAUAGCUUCUUCCCCUGCAGAAAUGUUUUGUCAUAAUCUCUGCAAUAUCCAGAUGAGUGAUACAGGUGCUAUGGGCCUCUUAUCAUUAUUUAUUGAAGCUGUGCAUGUACUGACUGCUUGGUAUAAAUCUGUUAAAGCUACACAUCUGCAAUAAGAAUUACCUCCCUUUUAUCACAAAUGUUAACUGCCUUUUGGUGUACCAUAACAAAGAAAAAAAACAACAUGCUUACUAACAUUUUGUGUAUUUUGUCAAUUUUUAAUGUUAAUACAGGCAUUCUAUUGUAUAAUAAUGUCAGACAAAAGUGCUGUUAUGUAGAAAUAACUUCUAUAUUACAGAAAAUAAUCUACAGCUGCAAAAAUAUACUACAGUAAUUACUAACUAUCUGGACAAGAGCAAACUGUUGGAUUUAUUAGAAACAGGAUCCACAUAUAUAUUUUAUUUCAUACCUUCUCUUGACAUUUAAACAACUGAUGUGUUGCUUAUUUUGUGUGCAAGGAAUGGACUGGUGCAUUUCCAGUGUAUAUAUAUAUAUAUAUAAUUAAAAAUAUAUAAUGUCCUUGUGAUGGAUAUACAUAGUAAUAAUAAUAAAAAACACAAACCAGAAAUUCACACUAGCGCUUUCACAUGCUUUGAGAGCAAGCUCUUCAGGUGUAUUAUUAUUUUUAUUAUUAUUAUUACUAUAUAUAUAUAUAUAAACUUGGCUCUAGUUCACUAUGUUAAAAUACCAGUGAAAUGAAUUGCAUUAACUUUUAUAUUUUUUUCAUAUUUCCUAAUGUAAUGCAAAUAGGUUCUUUUUUUCAAACAGCACAAUUUUUAUAUGAAAUUUUUAAAAACUUAUCUGUACUCAUUUUAUGCAAAUUAGUCUUUUGAUCAAUGGCCAUAUUUGACGUUUUUGAACAAAUAUAUUUAUGGUUUAAAUGUUCUUAUUUCAUUAACAGUUUGGUUAAGAGAUUUUUACUAUAUAAGCGUCCUAGAGGAAAGGUGGUAUGUUGAUUGUGUCGCCAUGUCUCUUUGUAAUCUAAGUUUGGAAUGGUUAUCAGUGGGACAAUUAAUGUUUCUGUAUAUUUUUAAACACUUUUAUUUCUGUAAACAUUCCUAUGCUUUUAUUUGUAUGUCUAGGCUUUUAUUGUUAUUUCCAGAUAUCAUACAAUAAUAAAACAUGAAUCUUCUA